AUUCUGAGCUGAGUGUAUGCUUGCCAGUUCUGCCAUUUCUAUGGCAUCAAAGCCACAGACAUGAUCUGGGUGAGGCCCCCAGCGCUGUUGGCUUGUCUCCUCUGGCUCCAGGGCUUUGUGGCUGAGGAAGAUGCAUGUCACUCCCUGGAAGGGAGCCCAGACCUGGAGGGCGGAGGGCCACCCCCAAGCAUGAACGUGAGCCACCAGGGGGCACCCACCAGCCUGUUUGUGAACUGGACAGCGGCAGAGCCCGGUGGCUUUGGCCAUGCCCUCCACCUCCUGCGCCUCAGCCCCCUUGGCUCUCCCGAAGGGCAGCAGCUCCAGGCCUACACCAAUGGAUCCAGCUUUGAGUUCCACAACCUGGUGCCAGGAAGUCGAUACCAGCUAGAAGUGACUGACUUGCAUCCCUGUGGACAGAAUGCCACUGUCACUCUCACUGUCCGCACAGCCCCAGCAAUUGUCCGAGAACUGCAGCUCCACAGCUCUGGGAGCCCCACUCGCCUGGAGGCCUCCUGGGGAGAUGCCCCGGGGGAGCAGGAUGGCUACCAGCUUCUCCUGUAUCACCUAGAGUCCCAAACCCUGGCAUGGAAUAUCUCCAUGUCCCCAGGAAACCUAUCUUACCGCUUUGACAACCUCUUGCCAGGCAGCCAGUAUGUAUUGGAGGUUACCACGUGGGCAGGUGAUCUCCAAGCGAAGAUCAGCGUCCACCAGUGGACAGGCCCCGUGCCCCCGGAUCACCUGAGGCUAAGUGCCCUGGACACCAGUGCCCUGCACGCCUCCUGGAACCGCUCUGAGGGGGCUGCCCAGCUCCACCUCCUGCUCACCGACCGCUUAGGCAGCUCCAACCUGACCACAGUAGUCAGCCGCGGGGUCUCAAAUCAUACCUUCCUCCACCUGUCUCCCGGAACCCAGUAUGAGCUGAUGCUCAGGGCUGCUGCUGGGCCCCAUCAGGCCACGGGGCCCAGUGCCACCGAGUGGACCUACCCCUCUCCCCCACUGGAUCUGUUGCUGACUCCGAUGCCCCCUGAGCUGCAGGCCAGCUGGAAGGCAGGGCCGGGAGCGCGGGACGGCUACUUGCUGAAGUUGAGUGGACCGAUGGAGACGAACAUCUCUCUGGGCCCUGAGGUCUACAGCGCCACUAUCCCAGGACCUCUGCCAACUGGACACUACGCCCUGGAGCUGAGGGUGCUGGCUGGGCUGCAUCAUGCCUGGGCUCAGGCCAGUGCCUGGCUGGCUGAUCCUACAGCCCAGCCCAGGCAGGGCAGUGGUGCCAAGCUGCAGCUGCAAGGAUUGAAGGCCACCAGGGAGCCUGGGCGGCGGGCAUUGCUCUAUGCAGAUGGUGGCCCAGGCCUCCUAGGAAAUAUCUCUGUGCCCUCUGGCGCCACCCACGUCACCUUCUGUGAGCUGGUGCCGGGGGCCCGCUACCGGGUAGACAUUGCCUCGUCCUCUGGAUUCAUCACCCAAAGCCUCACAGGCCACACGAGUCCCCUGGCACCCCGGUCACUGGAGGUCACCAGCAGGGGAAGCCCCUCUGAACUGACCAUUGGCUGGGCCGCAGCCCCAGGAGAGCGAGAAGGCUACAAGGUUGGCUGGUACCAGGACGGCAGCCAGGGGUUGCCCGACAGCCUCGCUGAUGUGGGCCCAGACUGUUCCAGGCUGACUCUGAGGGAUCUGGUCCCUGGCUCCUGCUACAACAUGUCAGUGUGGGCCUGGGCUGGGGACCUCCGCUCCAGCACCCAGAGGAUACAGGCCUGUACCCGCCCUGCUCCGGUUGCCAACUUGAGCCUGAGCUUUGCUACGGAGCCGCCGGCACUGAGGGUAUCCUGGAGCCCCCCUCCAGGUGGCAGGGAUGGUUUCCAGCUACGGAUUUACAAUCUGCGACCCCUGGCUCUAGAAAAAGAGGAGACCCUGGCCCCUGAGGCCCAGAAUUUCUCCUGGGCCCAGUUGGCCCCAGGCUCUGAGUUCCUGGUGCAGCUGGGUACCCUGCGGGGGUUGGACGAGAGCAGCAGUGCCAAUGCCACAGUCUGGACACCUCCCUUGGCCCCUCCUGAGAUACACAUGACCAGCGAGGGCCCCACACAGCUCCGGGUAUCCUGGGUCCAUGCUUCUGGGGGCCGAGAUCAGUACCAGCUGACCCUGUACCAGGAAGGCACCCAGGUGGCCACUGGCACCGUGGGGGCCGAGGUGGACAGCACAAGCUUUUCAACUCUGACCCCGGGCACCCAGUAUGAGGUGGAGUUGGCCGCACAGGCUGGGCCCCUCCGCACCGCAGCUGCCAACGUCUCCGGCUGGACCUCCCCGUCCAUGCCCACUGAGUUGCUGGUGUCCAUGCAGGCGGGCAGCGCCACGGUCAGCCUGGCCUGGGCCAGUGGCUCCUUGGGGCAGGGCAUAUGCCAUGCCCAGCUCUCCGAGGAUGGGCACCCCGCCUGGGAGGAGCCCCUGGCCGUAGGCCAAGCCCACCUCGUGCUGAGGGGCCUCACGCCUGGACGCAGCCUCGGGCUGUCAGUGCUGUGCCGAGCCGGGCCUCUCCAGGCCUCCACUCGCCCCGUGGUGCUGCCUGUCGAGCCUGGCCCUGUGAAGGAUGUGCAAUGCCAGCCGGAGACCACUUACCUGGCCCUGACCUGGUCCAUGCCUCUCGGGGAUGUGGACUCCUGUCUGGUGGUAGCAGAACAGCUGGUGGCCGGAGCGGGCACGCGCCUCGUGUUUCAGGCCAACACCUCUGAGGAUGCCUUUCUCCUGCCUAACCUGGCACCUGCCACGCCCUAUCGCCUCAGCCUCAGUGUGCUGGGCAGGAACGGCCUGUGGAGCCGGGCAGUGACCCUGGUAUGCACCACUUCUGCUCAAGCCUGGCAUCCCCCAGAGCUGGCCGCAGCCCCCCAGCUGGAGCUGGAGUCAGGGCUGGGGGUGACGAUCACACGAGGCAUGUUUGGCAAGGAUGAUGGGCAAAUCCAGUGGUAUGGCAUCAUUGCCACCACCAACGUGUCACUGCCUCAGCCCCCGCAGGAAGCCAUCAACCACACGUGGUUCGAUCACUACUACAGGGGACACGACUGCUAUCUGGCCACGCUGCUCCCCAACCCCUUCUACCCAGGGCCCUGGGCUGUGCCAACAUCCUGGACGGUGCCCAUGGGCACAGAGGACUGUGGCCAUACCCAGGAGAUAUGCAACGGGCAGCUGAAGCUGGGUUUCCAGUACAGGUUCAGUGUGGUGGCGUUCACCAGGCUCAACUCUCCGGAGACCAUCACCUCUUUCUCAGCCUUCUCAGAGCCCCGGGCCAGCGUGUCCUCGGCUGCAGUGCCCCUGGCAGCCGUGGUGGGCAUCGCGGCAGGCUGCAUCCUCACCGUCUGUGCCGGGCUGAGCUUGCUGUGCUGGUGGAGGCGGAAGGGGCCGGGGGCAGAGAAGGACGGCUUUUCCCACGAGCUGACGUCCCACAGCCUGAGGCGGACCCACCGGCCCAUCCCUACCCACGGCUUCCGGCAGAGCUUCGAGGCCAAGAGUGCUCAUGCCAAUCAGGCGUUCUUCCAAGAGUUUGAGGAGCUGAAGGAAGUGGGCCGGGAGCAGAGCCGGCUGGAGGCAGAGCAGCCGGCCAACGCCGCCAAGAACCGCUACCCACACGUGCUCCCUUACGACCACUCCAGGGUCAGGCUGAUGCAGCUGGCUGGAGACCCCCAUUCUGACUACAUCAACGCCAACUUCGUUCCCGGCUACACCCACCCACAGGAAUUCAUCGCCACCCAGGGGCCUCUCAAGAAAACGCUGGUGGACUUCUGGCGGCUGGUGUGGGAGCAGCAGGUCCCCAUCAUCGUCAUGCUCACCGUGGGCAUGGAGAAUGGGAGGGUGCUGUGUGAGCAUUACUGGCCAGCGGACUCCACCCCUGUCACACACGGACACAUCACCAUCGACCUCCUGGCCGAGGAGUCCGAGGAUGAGUGGACCACCAGGCAGUUCCGGCUGUGGCAUGGUGCCCAGCAAAAGCAGCGGAGGGUGAAGCAGCUUCAGUUCACCACCUGGCCUGACCACAGCAUCCCCGAGGCCCCCAGCUCCCUGCUCGCCUUUGUGCAGUUGGUACAGGAGCAGGUGAGGGCCACGCAGGCCAUGGGGCCCAUCCUGGUGCACUGCAGUGCCGGUGUAGGCCGGACGGGCACCUUCAUCGCCCUGUUGAAGCUCCUUCAGCAGCUGGAGGAAGAGCAGAUGGUCGAUGUGUUCCACACCGCGUAUACACUCCGGCUGCAUCGGCCCUUCAUGAUCCAGACACCAAGCCAGUACAUCUUCCUGCACAGCUGUCUGCUGAACAAGAUUCUGAAUGAGCCUUCUGACACUUUAGAUCCUUCCCCCAGUUCUGGGCCCAUCUCUGUGAUGAACUUUGCACAGGCGUGUGCCAAAAGGGCAGCCAAUGCCAACUCUGGCUUCCUGAAGGAGUACGAGCUCCUGCUGCAGGCCAUCAAGGAUGACACGGGCUCUUUGUUGCCCCCUCCUGGCCAUGAGCAGAACAGCUCCAUCUUCUAUGAUGGUUCUCAGGUUGAGCUUUCUCUGGAUCAGGAGAGCCCCACUGAUGCCAUGACCGAAGCCUGGCUCUUCCCUGGUGGGCCUUCUGGCCGUGACCACGUCGUAUUGACUGGUCCUGCGGGACCAGAGGAACUCUGGGAGCUGGUGUGGGAGCACGGAGCCCAUGUGCUGGUCUCCCUGUACCCGCUGGAUACCCAGGAGAAGCCUCAGGAGUUCUGGCCAACAGAGAUGCAGCCGGUGGUCACAGACAUGGUGACAGUGCACCGGGUGGCUGAGAGCAACACAGUCGGCUGGCCCUGUACCGUGUUCAGGGUCACACAUGGGCAGAGCGGGCUGGAGAGGCAGGUCCAGCAUCUGCAGUUUCAGUUCUGGGAAUCGGGGCACGAGCUGCCUGCUGCCACCUUGCUGCCUUUCCUAGCUGCGGUGGGCCGUUGCUGCUCCCAGGGCAAGAGCAGAAAGCCGGGCACACUGCUCAGCCACUCCAGCAAGGGCACUACCCAUCUGGGCAUCUUCCUGGCCAUGGAGCAGCUGCUGCAGCAGGCGGGAUCUGAGUGCACCGUGGAUGUCUUUAACGUGGCCCUGCAGCAGUCACAGGCCUGUGGUCUCAUGACUCCAACACUGGAGCAGUAUAUCUACCUCUACAACUGUCUGAACAGCGCACUGGUGGACGGGCUGCUCUGAGUCUGCGAAGGGCCCGUGCCCUGAUGGGCUGUGAUGGCAAGGCAGCCCAGGCCUGGCUUCCCUGGGAGAAUAGUUCCAUAGGAUCCCAACCAAGGGG